CCCCAUUGCCUGGAGGUCUCCAGAGCAGCCAAUCAGCAGCCCCGCGGCUCCCGUUCCAAAGCCCUCGCCCGCCCGCCGGGACUCCAUCUCCCCAGCCCGGGUGGAGGCGCGUCCUGGGGGAUGGGGGGCGCAGCCCUCCUGCUCCUGCUCGCGGGGGCCGCGGCCCCGAGGGAGACCCGGGCGGGCCCCCACUCCAUGAGGGUUUUCCACACCGCGAUGUCCCGGCCCGGCCUCGGGGAGCCCCGCUUCAUCUCGGUGGGCUACGUGGACGACACGCUGUUCGGGCGGUUCGACAGCGACUCCCCGGACCAGAGAGUGGAGCCCCGGGCGCACUGGGCGGAGCAGGUGGAGCAGGAGGAGUGGGACCGGGAGACACAGAUCGCAAGGGAGCGCACACUGUGGUACCGCGUGCAGCUGGACUCCCUGCGCGGCCUCUACAACAAGAGUGAGACCGGGUCUCACACCUUCCAGGAGAUGUUUGGCUGCGAGGUGGGGCCCGACGGCUGCCUCCUCCGUGUGUAUGAGCAGUUCGCCUAUGACGGUGCUGAUUAUAUCGCCCUGAACGAGGACCUGAGCUCCUGGGCCGCAGUGGACAUGGCAGCUCAGACCACCUGGAGCCAGUGGGAGGCCCAGGGCAUGGCAAAUCACAUCAGGAACUAUGUGAAGGGCAGGUGCUUGAGGUGGCUGCACAGAUUCCUGGAGUACGGGAAGGAGACUCUGCAGCGCACGGAUCCCCCAAAGACACACAUGACCCACCACCCCACCUCUGAGCAUGAGGUCACCCUGAGGUGCUGGGCCCUGGGCUUCUACCCUGCGGACAUCACCCUAGCUUGGCAGCGAGAUGGGGAGGACCUGACCCAGGAGAUGGAGCUGGUGGAGACCAGGCCUGGGGGAGAUGGAACCUUUCAGAUGUGGGCGGCGGUGGUGGUGCCUUCUGGAGAGGAGCAGAGAUACAUAUGCCAUGUGCAGCAUGAAGGUCUGCUGGAGCCCCAAGUCCUGAGAUGGGUGCCUCCUCAGUCCUCCAUCCCCACUGCGGGCAUCAUUGCUGGCCUGGUUCUCCUUGGAGCUCUGCUCACUGGAACUGCGGUGGCUGCAGCUGUGAUGUGGAGGAAGAAAGACUCAGGAGGACAAGGAGGAAGCUACACUCAGGCUGCAGGCAGCGACAGUGCCCAGGGCUCUGAUGUGUCUCUCAGCCCCUAAGGAUCUUUUACAAUGAACCUGAUGAGGCUCCUGUUAUGCACACCCUGGGCAGCAGGGUGAUGGUGUCACUGUUGUUCUUAACUGUGAUAUUGAGCAUUUGUUCAUAUUUUUACUUUUCUAUGACUACAGUUGCUGUUUGUGUGGAAGUUUUGUACAUUUUUACAAAUGAGUUGCCAUUCAUUUAUUACACUAUUUUUGUCCUUAUUAAAAUUGGGUUAUUUCUUUCUGAUCAUUGAGUUUUAGGCAUUAUUUGUAGAUACAGUCCUUUAUCAGAUUCGUGAUUUGCAAAUGUUUCCCCGCAUCUGUGACCUGAACUCCUUUACUGAUGGGAAAACAAACACUAUCGCCCAGACAGGAGCAUGGAGAUACAUAUAUCUCCAAUAUAUAUGUAUUAGAAGAUAAAAGAUAAAUUGCUAACUGGUUUUGAGCAGACAUUGGCUGACUGGGGUGUUGGGGGUAGAGGGGAAUGACUGAUGAGUAUCCUUGAGUGUUAUUUAAAUGUUCUUGUAUGAGCAUGAAAUAUGCUUUCUAAAGUAAAUUACACUUCAUUCCUCAACUUAUAAAACUCUUCACACAUCAUGUCCAAAUCAUGUGUGAAGACCAGACUGACACGUCGACUACAAGUGAUGGACCUGCAUGUCACAGUCACAAAGUCAUGGUUUCUCUCAGGGUUCACUCUGGUGUUGUCCAUUCUUGGGGUGUUGGACAAAUGUAUAAUGACCUGUGUCCAUCAUGAGAAUAUCAUACAGAGUAUUUUCACUGCCCAUAAUGCCUUCUGUGCUCCAAGGAAGCAAAAGCAAAAAGAAACCAAUGGAAUCACAUCAGAAAAAAGCUUCUACAUAGUGAAGGAAACUAUCGUUAAAAUGAAAAGACAAUAUCAAAUCGGAGAAACUAUUUGCACAUCAUCAAUCCAACAAGGAGUUAAUAUCCAAAAUCUACGAAGAACUCCAAAACAAGAAAACAAGUCAAAACAGGGGCAGAGGAGCUAAAUAUAUACUUUUUCUAAAGAAGACACACACGUGGCCAAUAGGUACAUGGAUAAAUGCUGGUCAUGUGCUGUCAGGAAAAUGCCAAUUGAAACCAUAAUGAGUUACCACCUCACACUGUGAGAAUGGCCCAUUGAAGGGUGUGGAGGAAAAGGAACUCUGGCACAUGGUGGGUGGGAAUGAUGUCUCCUCUUGUUAGUGGGCAGAAUGAGGGGUUCCCUGGGCCCUCAAAACUGCACAUUCUACAUGGGAUCUGCCAUCAGCUGCAUAAAGACAAAACUACUCUAAAGUGUAAGAUCGUCAAUAGAAAAGCACUUUAAUACAAUUAGUAUAAAAUAAAAAAUCAGUGUGCAAUAGAGAGAGAGAAGAGAAAGAAUAUAGUUAGAAUAGUUCCCAAGUGAAGCACUCAAAGUUACCCAUCCCCCUCAUGGGUAAAUGCCCAGCCAAACAGGCUUGGCCCAAAGCAGGCCCAUUGGGGCCUGAACGCCUGCCACAAGGCUGAGGCACCUACUGGUAGAGACCCAUGGGAAAGGGGCAGGAAGGGCCAGGUGAGUCUGGAAGGACAAGAACAAAAUCAAAAUCCACAUCAAGAUAACAGCUGCCAUUGUCAGCCUCCUGAUGGGUCUCUCAUUCACAUUUUUGUCUCUUUCACAUGUUUCUUUCCAUGUCCCCAACUCCCUGGCACAAGUCCAAGUGAGAAGCAAGUGUGGUUUCUUCUUAACAUGUCUCUUUGCUCCAUGCUCCCCCUCCAGUCUCCUUUCCUCAUCUUACUCCACAUCUUCCUCCUCUUCCUUAGCUUCUCAUCACUGCUCAGAUCCACCUUUCCUUGGGCGGGGCGGUAACCUGGAACCUCUCUUUUCAAUGGAUAGCAGAUUGGUCCUGCCCCUAUAGAAAAAAAAAAAAAUGAAGAUUCCUCAAAAUAGACCUGUCACAUGGUCAGGCAUCCCAUUCCUUGGUAUUUACCCAAAGAAGGUAAAAACACUAAUUCCAAGGAAUAUGCACCUCCUAUGGUCACUGCAGCACUGUCUACCAUAACCAAGCAAUGAAGACAACCUACGUGCCCAGCGGUAGGUGAAGGGAUAAAGAAUACAAGCUAUAUACACAAUGGAAUACUACUCGGCCGUGAAAAAGAUGAAAUAUUAGAUUUGCAACAACAUGGAUAGAUAUGGAUGGGAUGAUACUAAGUGAAAUAAGUUUGAAGGGGAAAGUUAAAUACUGGAUGAUUUCAUAUUUGUAAUAUAAAGAAACAAAGCAGGGACAGAUGAAACUAAACCAAAACAUACUCUAUAUAUAUGACUGCAGAAUGGAAGCUAUGGGCUGGGGUAAGAGUAGGAAACAAAGUAGGAAGAGGGUCCAAUGGACUAUGGUUAAGACUGUGGGUGCCGUUAGGGUGGGUGUGAUGUAACAAACAUCUGAAGAGGUGUGACCCUUGCCUCUGAACACAUGCAGUGUUGUAAACCAAUGCUAACCUCAGUUGAAUAAUACAAUGAAGGUAAAAAGAAAAAAAAGUAAACUGUCUCCUCCAUCAGUCACUGACCUCAGGACUUUGCCUUCGCCUCCUCACUGUCAUGCAGGCUGAGAGGCUGGUUUCCCAUAAGGUCAGAGGCAGGAGGUGCAGGGACUCCUGGGGCUGCUGAGAAACUGCUGAGUAGAGACACUGCAGAGAGGGCGACUCUGAGGGGACCAGAGACAGAGGGUCAGAGUAGCCCCAGUGCUGAGUGAGGGUCUGGUUCUCAAGGAGAGGGGAGUGUGUGUGUGUGUGUGUGUGUGUGUGUGUGUGUAACAGGAAUGACAGGAUACACAACAUAAGAUGAUGGGAAAUCAAAUAACAUCAAGCUCCAGAAUAAAUUAAUUCAAAUUGCACACAGAGUAGAGAGUGUCAGAACAACACCUCUAUAAAUGCAGUUCCAUGGAGAAGCAGCUUCUGAGCAGGACUGAAAAAGCACUAGACCUGAGGAAGUGGAGGAGGUUGAGAAAUAUCUCAUAGUUGGCUUGAGGUAUAGAGAGCUGGGCAGGAC